UUUUAAUUAAGCAGCUGAUUUAUAAAAAGAUAUGGAUUUAAACAAAUUUUUUAAUAGCUGUAAAAUUGGAGAUUUCGAUAAAGUUAAAUAUUUAGUUGAACAUAAAGAGAUCGAUCUAAAUAUCAAAGAUAGUUUUGACAGCACACCAUUGUAUUAUGCAUGUUUAUGUGGACAUAUAGACAUUGUGAAAUACUUACUUCAAAAUGGUGCUAAAUGUGAGGUUGACACUUUUCAAGGAGAAAGAUGUUUAUAUGGUGCUUUAUCUGAUAGAAUCAGGGAUCUGCUUCGUAAUUAUAAAUUUAUUACAUCUUAUAGAAUCAAAAGGGAUCCAUAUCAGGAAUUUUUGAGAAAAAUAUGGGAAAGUCAUGAUUUUUAUGAUGCCAUAUUAUAUAUAGCUCAGCCACAAUAUAAUUACAAAGAAUCAUUUACAACUAAGACACCUUCAAAUGAUAAAUGUGAAAAUGUUGGAAUAAAAAUCCACAGAGCCAUAUUAGCUGCCAGAUCUCAAUAUUUCUAUAAUUUAUUUUCUAAGAAUAAACAUAUUGAAAAUAAUAAUGAAAAUAUUGAUCAAAAUCUAAAUUUAAGGAUGAUUAAACCACGAUAUUACGAAUUACCAAUCAAAAUGUAUAGUUCCUUUUUACAUUAUAUUCUCCAGUAUUUGUACACAGGUCAGAUAGAAUUUAAUUACAAGGAUAUAGAUUCAUUGAUAGAAUUAUCCAAAUAUUUGCAUCUCAGUCACUUGGAGAAACAACUCACCAAAAAGUUAUAUCAACACAAUUCUCGUUCCAGGAAUAUCUUAAAGAGCUAUAAUGGGAAGAAUGAAAAGAUUGGAAAUAGAGGUCAUUCUCUCAAAAAUAAAUAUCAGCAUUGUGACUUAAUUAUCACGAUUGAGGGCGAAACGGAAAUCGAAAAGCUAAAAUCGGAUCUAGGGACCCUUAAUUGCUUUAAACAACAUCGGAACAGGUCGAUAAGCAGCUUUUGUGACGUUAAAUUUCGCGCCGGCAAUGAAACCUUCGCCUGUCAUAAAGUGUUUAUGGUCAAUAGAAGCGAAUAUUUUAGGGCUCUAAUUAAAGAUCCAUUUUCCGAAAUACUUGAUUCCUCCGAGGAUCUAGAUCAUGGUUCCACCAUUCCCGAGUUCGAAUUAAAAGACGUUACACCUUCCGUGUUUAAACACGUGAUUAGAUACGUUUACGAAGAUAGGGCAGAAAUCCAGCCAGACUUGGUAUUCGACGUUUUACAAGCUGCCGAUAAAUUUUUGUUAACCGGGCUCAAAAAAUCGUCCUCUUUAAUUAUCGCCAACAACCUAGAUUCCGAAAACGUUUUAAACGUUGUUUUAGCUUCACGAAUCUACGUUUUGCCUAACCUGGAAGACGCUUGCGCUCGAUAUAUAGCCCAAAACUUGUUGGAAAUUAUCGAUAGACCAGAGUUUAAAGAAAUUAUUAUAAAGGAUGCAGCUCAAGUGUUAAACAGGGAAGAAACUGAUACGAUUUCCAUCGUAGACGACGUAAAAUAUUACUUGACGAAUCAAGUGCAAACCUUUGAAGCAAUGCAAUCAUCGCGCAAGAAAUUAAGCAUACUAGAUACUUUACUCGAAUCAAUAGGGCUAGAUGCUUAACUAAUCUUCUUCAUUUCUCUAAGUCAAAUUAUCAUAUUUAUUUAAUUUUAUUUGAUCGCAAUCACUUGAUCUGGUCUUUAUAGCCUGAGGGUUCUAUUCGAGAAUAUUUUAUUUAUGUAUAUUAAUUGAA